AUGGGCGCGGGUCCGCAUCCAACACAAAGGAGAGUCCCGGGGCAGUUGCUGCGGGGACGAGGCCGGGCGGCGAGGAGGCGCGGGGACAGCUCGGAGACCCUAGCUGGGUGCCGCGCGGCGACGUGCCUCCUCCAAGGCUCCGGAGCAGCGCGGCCGAGGAAGUUCCCGGAGCAGUUCCCGGGCGGCCGCGGUGGGUCCCGCUGGAAGUUUGCAGGCAGGAAAGCGCCGCCGCUCCUUCCCUCCCUCCGGAUUGGAGAGGGAGGAGGAAGCGGGGGAAGUGCCGCCGACACGGGCGCGAGGGAGGGCGGCGGGAGAAAGGGAAGGGGGAGGAGAAAGGCCGGCCGGGAACCACCUGCGGCUCCCGCGCCCGCCGCGCCCCGCGCCCAGGCCGGCGGCCACCCGGCGCCCCAGCGCACUCUGCUGGGGCGAUCGCGCAGUCCCCGAGCUCCCGGGACGCCGCCCACGCCCCCAGCCGAGCCCCAGGGCGCCGGGGCCCAGUCCCCGCCCGCAACCCAGGCCCGAGUGGGACGCAGCAGGGCGCCGCGGAGGCGGAGGCGCCGGGACAACGGGGCCAACCCGGAUCCGGCUGCUCACCUGUGCUGCCGCGGUGGCGGCUGAGUCUCUGUCUUGCUACCCGGGGAAUGCCGGGCGGCCUGUCUAGGUCCCCAUGGUCUCUCCCUGCAAGGCUGCCAAGAUUUCUGGGAUGCUUUGGUGGACUUAGAAGAAGACCUCAAUCUGUCACCGAGUAGCCAGGAGUUGGGCUGCCAACUAGGAAUAUGAGGAGCGAAAUGUGGUAAUGAAAUCCCAGCACUCAGGAGGGUGAGGUGUCACUGAGUUCAAGGCCAGCCUGGACUACACAGCAAAACCUUGCUUAAGAAGAAGGAGGGAAGAAAGCAGGGAACUGGAGGGGGCUGGGAAUGAAAGGCUUGCUUUCUGUAAUUAAAACCUUUCCCAAUUCCCAGCAGGAGCCCUUUGUGAGCAGAAUUAUAGGAGCUAUGUUCCCACUCCCCCAGCCAGCUGGCAACCAUGCUGCAGGGUAGGAAGAGUGGUGGAGAGCAGGGGAGGCUGGGCUGCAGUCCUGGGAUGGGGCUCACAGCACACUCUGCUUAGGCGGGCACUGUUGGAAUGUGCUCUUCUCUGAACAUGUCUGGGCCCUCACUGCAAGUGAGGCCAUGCUACCGACAAGGGCCGUGGAUGGAUCCUGAGAGCUUCAUCUACCCCAAGCGUGGCGUUCCUUCCUUCCACUUCUCAAAGGCUCUUGUUCAGGUCUUUUCUACCUUCGCUAAAACUUUUCAGAUAGGCGGAGUCAGAGAGGAGCCAUGUAGCCCUGCCAGCGACAGAAGCCUCCGCUGGAGCC